AUGAAGGGUGAAAGGGCGCCAAGAGUCGGCUUGGCUGGUGGGGUGAGUCGGCUUGUCUUUGUGCUUGGCUCGGCUCUAUCUCUUCAAGGCUGUGGCACUCAGAGCGAGAAAUGUCCCUGUUGGCGCCGCUUAAGUGAGGACGACGCCGCUGAGCGCCCGGAGGACGAUGCGGAGCGCCCGGGCCGUCAAUUGUCAUCCAGGCGUCGUCGAUCCUUCACUUCCUCUCCUAGAGAGUACAGUGAGUUUUGUUGUGAGGCUCUGAUUUUAAGCACGACGGCCUGGCCGACUUGGAACCUCUAUGCCUAUGGCUACGGCUAUGGCGAAGAGACCACCACUGAAGCCUAUGGCUAUGGCGAAGAGACCACCACUGAAGCCUAUGACUAUGGCGAAGAGACCACCACUGAAGCCUAUGGCGAAGAGACCACUACUGAAGCCUAUGGCUCUCAACAGACCACGACUGAAGGCCCAUUGACAAGCUGGGUAGGUGGUCCAUGGCAGUAUCCAUCAAAUUACAGCAUAUUCCCAAAUGCUGAUUGGUCAAGGGUACGAUUUGUGGAGGAGUCCUACCAGCCUGAAUCGUGCUCGUGGACGUGGCGGAAAGACAAUGCCUUCUUUGCAGUUGAUAUCUGCAUUCCGUUGGUGCGAUUUGGAACUUCCCACAUGUAUGCCUACAUUGAUGACUCACUCAUGUACGCUGAGUGGGAUAGUUUGGAUUGCAGUGGAGAAGUGAAAGAAACCAGGUCAUGGAGCUCCCAUUGCCAGUAUGCCACAUCAAACGCCAAUUACAAAAGCAUUGGCCCGUCAUUGAGUCUCAUUCACCAGCUUCCUGAGCGCACUGGACACCUUGAAUACUCAUUGAAUAUGACCGGGGCAGCUUGGGCGUAUGGCAUUUAUCCGGAUUCCAGUUGCACCGGUGAGCCGACUGAGAUCUGGGUGAGCCCCCUCAAUGCUUGCAAGCGCGAAGCGUAUGGUUCCUACAAGAUGAUGUGCGAGAACGGAAAGGUGGUGCAGCAUUACCACGAGGCCAUACAACACGAAGAUGGAUGCGCCGACUUCGAUGCUCAAUGUCUGUGCAAAGCACAGAUCCCGCUGCCUGAUGACACCAAGGGAUUUGAUCAACUUUCAACGUCAGCCUGCACCGCCUUCAACGUGGGUGCGUUCUACCUUGAGGAAAUUAGGCCUGGCGGCCUUGUGCGACGCAAAAGGGACGUCGAAAGCUGGAGCCCGGAACCCACCGUAGGUUCCAGAAGACUCCGCGAAGGCCAUCUGCGACAGGCGAUGCUGAAGCAGUGUCCGACACUCAAAAGUCUCCUGGAGAUGAGCAAGUUUUCAGUUGAUCAGGAGACCAGAGCGCAGGAGAUGGGGCUGCCGAUGAGGCACCCUCCAGCUGAAGAGGUCGGUCGCUGGCGGCCUCGGGCUGUCAACACUGGAAAUCACCAGGGGCCCACCGUGGCUCUGGCUCUUCUGGGCCGGGGCUGCACAGAAAUCGGGUUGGGCUGUCCUUCAGCUUCUUUCGGUGUUGCACUCACUUUCGGUGAUAACUGA